UGUCGCGAGACGCUCGUCUUCCAGUUCUGCUUGCUGAGUAAGUAGGAAGUUGGAGCUAACGUCUUGCGGGCCACCGGAGGAAGAUGGCGGUGGAGUCGCGCGUCACCCAGGAGGAAAUUAAGAAAGAACCAGAGAAGCCAAUCGACCGGGAGAAGACGUGCCCUCUGCUGCUCCGCGUCUUCACCACCAACAACGGUCGCCACCACCGCAUGGAUGAGUUCUCUCGCGGGAACGUGCCUUCUAGCGAGUUGCAGAUCUACACCUGGAUGGAUGCCACCUUGAAAGAGCUGACUAGUUUAGUAAAAGAAGUCUACCCAGAAGCCAGGAAGAAGGGCACACACUUCAAUUUUGCGAUUGUUUUUACGGAUAUUAAAAGACCUGGCUAUCGAGUAAAGGAGAUUGGCAGCACCAUGUCUGGGAGAAAGGGGACUGAUGAUUCCAUGACCCUGCAGUCGCAGAAAUUUCAGAUAGGAGAUUAUCUGGACAUAGCAAUCACCCCUCCGAAUCGGGCACCACCUCCUUCAGGCCGUAUGAGGCCAUAUUAAAUUUUGUUGACUAUUUCUUUACUUUUCACUCAUUUAUGUAAAAUAAAUUUAUGCUUUCCUUCCCUUCAUUAUUGCCAUUAAGCCUUUAAGCUCUGAACAAAUUUUAAUGCAUUUAUUUAGAAGUUAGGUUUGGCUGUGCUAUGGUAUGAAUUUUAACAGAUAGCCCACAUUUCAAGUCCUAUAAAAUAAGAAGUGCUCUUAGCAUUCUGUGUAAAACUGUUGUUAAAUAUACGUGUGCAAUCAA